UAUCUUCUUCUUGGUCCUCCGCCUCCACCUCCACCACUUCGCGUGCUCGAGUCGCGUUCCGUGUAGAGAGAGAGAGAGAGAGAGAGGCUGCCGGGCCGGAGAGUCAGCGACAGCGAAGGAGAGAGGAAGGGAGCCAGAGAGGGAGAGGGAUGGCGGGGAUCGGACCGAUCAGGCAGGACUGGGAGCCGGUGGUGGUGCGGAAGAAGGCGCCCAACGCCGCCGCCAAGAAGGAUGAGAAGGCCGUCAACGCCGCGCGCCGCUCCGGCGCCGAGAUCGAGACCAUGAAGAAGUACAACGCUGGGACGAACAAGGCGGCGUCCAGUGGCACAUCCCUCAACACCAAGCGGCUCGACGACGAUACUGAGAAUCUUACCCAUGAGCGUGUCCCAAGUGACCUGAAGAAAAACCUCAUGCAAGCAAGGCUGGAUAAGAAGCUGACUCAAGCACAGCUUGCUCAGAUGAUUAAUGAGAAGCCACAAGUGAUCCAGGAGUAUGAGUCGGGCAAGGCGAUCCCUAACCAGCAGAUUAUUGGCAAGCUCGAGAGAGCCCUGGGAACAAAGCUGCGUGGUAAGAAAUAACUUGCGAACUGGUGCACUGGAGCAGCAUGAAGCUGAAGAAGACAAGGCUAUCUGUCUGCUUAUUAUCUAUGCUUGGUUUUCAAAGUCAUGCAGACUAUUUCUGUGUUGGUACAUGAGUGAAUAACAGUGUCGUGGGUGGACCUUGUAAUGCUUUGCUGCUUUGAUGUGUCAUAUGACCUAGUGCGUAAGAGUUGCGCUAAGCUGUGAACUGAUAGCGUAACCUGCGUGAUGCUGGUGCAUGAUGAUGCUUUCUACUAGUGGUUGUUAAUGAUGUCUCAGCUGCUUGCCGGAGGUA